AUGUCUAGUGGAGCAGACGCAUACGGUAACGGCGCCCACACCCAGUAUCCACAGGCAGAGCCCCACUACAGCGGUGUCGGGGGCCCGCCAGUAGAUGGCACCCCGCUUUACCCCGAGGCGGCGUCGAAUCCAGUUCAGGCACCAAGGCUCAGCCGCUUUCGCAUUCAAGGCUUCAAGGACGUGUGGGCCACCUUCGUGUUCGCCAUAUUUGUAAUCUUCUCGAUUGUCUGGAGCAUUGUGCAGCUCACCACGUACCACUUCGACGCUGACCCGCACAGCCAGUCUCCGUUCAGUGGGGCGAACGGGCCUCGCGUGGGGUAUGUCGUCAUUGCGUGUCUCGCGUCUGCCGUUGCCUCCGUGAUCAGCUCGAUCGUGAUGCUCGCCCUCAUGCAGCGCAUUCCCGUCCACAUGAUCUACGUUGCGAACAUCAUGACAAUUUUCAUGUUUUUGGCCUCUGCUGUGCUGGCGUUCUUGCGGAUCAAUGUUGUCGUUGGCAUUCUCAUGAUCAUAUGCGGUGUCUUUCAGGCCGUCUGGCUCUUCCUCGUUCGCGACCGCAUCCCAUUCGCGGCCGCGCUUCUGCGAACAGCGGCGAGGCUUAUCAGCACGUACAAGCUCACGGUCGUACUGAACCUCAUGUUGUGCACCCUUUCGUUCGGCUACAUCACGCUCUGGGGCUAUGGUGUGGCGGCGCCGGUCGACCGCAUGUACAAGGACCAGGCCAACGGCGGCUACAUGUUUGUGGUUGCUGUGCUCGUCUUCUCGAUGCUGUGGAUGUCGCAGGUGACGCCGAACGUGAUGCACGUGACGACCAGUGGCCUGGUCGCGACGUGGUACUUUGCCGGCUCGGACAACAUGCCGCGCAACCCCACGCUGGCCUCGUUUAAGCGUGCGACAACGACGAGCUUUGGCUCCAUCUGCUUUGGCUCCCUCGUCGUCGCCAUCAUUCAGUUUAUUCGCUGGCUGGUCGAGAGUGCCGGCAGCGACUACGAGAACGGCUUCUUGCAUUGCCUGCUGGCAUGCAUUCUGCAAUGCAUUGAGAGAAUCGUCGAAUACUUCAACCGCUACGCGUUCGUGCACGUGGCAAUCUACGGUUGCAGCUACAUCGAGGGUGCAAAGCGAACCUUCACGCUGUGUAAGCAGUGCUUCUUUGCCGCCUACUUCAACGACUGCCUUGUGUCGCCGACCCUGAACAUGUUCACGUUGGCCGUUUCGCUUGUGUUUGCGCUCAUCGCUGGUGUCUCCUCCAAGUCGUGGCCGAUUGGCGUGCUCGUGUUUGUCGUCGCGGUGUUGGUGCAUUCGCUCUUUUUCGUGCCCGUCGACAGCGCUGUGACGACGGUGUUCGUGUGCUUUGCAGAGUGCCCCGAGGCCCUGCGUGAGUCCGACCUGCAGUUGUACGCCACCAUCCACGCCGCGGAUGCGAACGGCACGCACAACAAUGCCCCGCCACCCCUGUAA